CAUUUGAUAGAAAUUGUAUUUUAUUAAUAAAUCUACGGUUAAAAAAUUCUAUUUCUUAGUGCUUUCAGCUAAAGUCUCAAUGGUAAAAGAGGCCAGUGCCCUCUCUCUCACUCUCUUUAAAAAUCCUCAGCCUUAAACAAAAUUACCAAUUUGUGAAAUAAAUUUUAUAUAGACGGGGGCGAAAAAAUUCAGAUAACACCUAGUGCAAGAAAACCUAUCCACAAUACUUCAUACACACAAACAAUGAGUUACAAAAAAAGUAAUAUAAAUACGUCAAGAGAAAGAAAUUUUCAAUCCGCUAAUAUUGGAGUGGAUGAAGUCGAUAACAUUUUGAGUAAACAUGUACGUCCAUCAAGUCCUAUUACGAUAAGGAAAGAAUUACCCAGUGGAAGUGCCCUAGAUGCUGAAUUAUCUGACAGUGAUGAUGAAUCAUUGAAUGAAGAGCUUUUAUCUGAAUCUCCUUCAAGCAAAUCCAAUUCUUACAGUAAAAACGAAAGCCAAAAUCUUGAAAAUCAAUAUAAUACCCUAAAUAACAAAGAAAACUUUGGUAGAAGAGUGUUAUCACGUCAGUAUAGUCAAGAAAGAAGAAGUUCAAUUCCUUCCAUUGAGAGUGAUGAACAAACUGUGAAAAAAUUAAUUUAUAUCCCUGCAUUAAUUGCUAUAGUUUUGGCUAUAUAUUAUUUAUAUGAUUCAAACACAGAGAGAACUGUUAAACAAAAUAACUAUGAUAAAUUCAGUUUCUACAGUGAUGUGAAAAGUUUGGCACAGCAAUAUAAAGUUAAAGGCGAUUCGAUGUUACAAAUACAAUCAGCAAUAAACACUAUAUUUGAAAAACAAGACACUGCUUCAUUUAUUUUCACAUAUGAUAGUGGGAUGGAAAAUUUUGAUCCAGUGAAGUUCAAUAAGUUUAUGGAUAAUAUGGCAUCAGCUGCCUCACGGUAUUUACGAAAUGAUACAAAAAAUGUACAACAUAUUGUUUUGGAUAAUUCUAAAAUUAUAAGCCUAAAGUCAGAUUCCGAGCUUAUUCAUCAAUAUCGUCAUACUGUUGAAGAAAGGGGAGUACUGCUUGUUAAGGAUAUUGAAAAAGUACCUUCAAAGCUCGCUAUGGCCUUCCAUUAUUAUUGUGACGAAUACAACCCAUUGGUCAAAAAGAGCGCAAUUUUUUUUACGCUCAAUGUUGCUGAAUGUUCCACACUAGAUCAAAAACCAUCACAUGAAUAUAUUGAACAAUGUCUUAAAACAAAGUGGAAGGAUAUCCAAAAAGAUAAAAUAGGUCCACUUCUUACAAGGGUUGUUAAUAUUGUUGUUGAUGUUAUAAGUGUGUAAAAUGAAUGUAAAAUAAUGUAUUUUUACAACAGUAUUUCAAAAUUUUAUAUCAAGAAAAUUAUUGUAACAUUUGUGUGCUGUCAUGUAUGCAUAUGAUUUGUUAAUGGUUUUUAGUAUUACAUAAUAUUUUUAAUAAAAUCAGUAAGUUUGUUA